AUGAAGAAGCAAUACCUCAUCAGCAUCAUGAAGCUCUGGACACCACUCUUCCUGACAUGCUUCUGCCUGCUGCUGCUGUCUGUGCUGGGAGAUUUGCAGGGGAGCGCACCUUCCAGGAGAAAAUGGUUGAUUCAGGAAUGCUGGGGAGAGCCAAAGACUCGUGACUGUCUGCGGAAAUGUACACGGAAUUAUAAAUGCUUUCAUGCGGAAUUCACCUGCUGCUGGUCCUACUGUGGGGACAUUUGCUGGAGAACCCCGGAUGAAGUUCCUUGAAGGCUAAAACCCUCAACUUCACCUGUGUGGGAUGGGAAGGCUCAGACGCUUCAGGGCAGUGCUGUGUUCCCACUCUUAGGAACCCCAGGCCAGUCUUACCAAAAGCUGGAGAGGGUCAGCUCUAGGAUCAAUAAAUGCAUUUACCAACAGG